GACAAGUGUUUGCUGCCGGGGGGGCCCGUCCAGCUGGGCGAGCUGAGGGAGCGGGAGCAGCAGCGGCGCAGAUCGGAUCCCUGCUGCCGCCAUGCCCGGCAUCGACAAGCUGCCCAUCGAGGAGACGCUGGAGGACAGCCCGCAGACCCGUUCCUUGCUGGGAGUGUUUGAAGAAGAUGCUGCUGCAAUUUCCAACUACGUCAAUCAGUUAUUUCAAGCAAUGCAUAGAGUGUAUGAUGCGCAGAAUGAAUUAAGUGCAGCAACUCAUCUGACUUCAAAGCUUCUGAAGGAAUAUGAGAAACAGCACUUUCCACUAGGAGGAGAUGAUGAAAUCAUGAAUUCUACUUUACAGCAAUUUGCAAAAGUGAUUGAUGAGCUCAGUUCUUGCCAUGCAGUACUUUCUACUCAACUUGCAGAUGCGAUGAUGUUUCCUAUUACUCAGUUUAAAGAAAGAGAUCUAAAAGAGAUAUUAACUCUAAAAGAAGUUUUCCAAAUUGCAAGCAAUGACCACGAUGCUGCCAUCACACGAUACAGUCGGUUAUCAAAAAGAAGAGAAAAUGAAAAGAUCAAGGCUGAAGUUACAGAAGAUGUGUAUACUUCCAGGAAAAAACAGCAUCAGACUAUGAUGCAUUAUUUCUGUGCGUUAAAUACUCUUCAGUACAAGAAGAAAAUCGCUGUGUUAGAACCCUUGCUAGGAUAUAUGCAAGCUCAGAUAAGUUUUUUUAAAAUGGGUUCAGAAAAUCUCACUGAUCAAUUGGAAGAAUUUCUCACCAACAUUGGCACAAGCGUACAAAAUGUUCGCAGGGAAAUGGAGUGCGAAAUAGAGAACAUGCAACAAACUAUAGAAGACUUGGAAGUAGCCAGUGAUCCACUUUAUUUGCCUGAUCCUGAUCCUACGAAAUUUCCUGUCCAUAGAAACCUAACACGGAAAGCUGGGUAUCUCAAUGCAAGGAAUAAAACAGGGCUGGUAUCUUCCAGUUGGGAGAGACAGUUCUACUUCACUCAAGGUGGAAAUCUGAUGAGCCAGGCCAGAGGUGACGUGGCUGGGGGACUUGUCAUGGACAUAGACAAUUGUUCAGUGAUGGCUGUGGACUGUGAAGACAGACGGUACUGUUUUCAAAUAACAUCUUUUGAUGGUAAAAAGUCUUCGAUCUUACAGGCAGAGAGUAAAAAAGAUUAUGAAGAGUGGAUAUGCACAAUAAACAACAUAUCUAAACAGAUAUAUCUCAGUGAAAACCCUGAGGAAAUUGCUGCCCGUGUAAACCAGUCAGCUCUCGAGGCCGUUACUCCAUCACCUUCAUUUCAGCAGAGGCACGAGAGCAUGCGUCCGACAGUACAAUCUCGGCCUCCUGCAGCCCGCACCAGCAGCACGGGGUCACUGGGAUCCGAAUCCCCUGCUCUGUCUGCACUAUCCCUGGACUCACUGGUUGCCCCUGACACUCCUAUUCAAUUUGACAUAAUAUCUCCAGUUAGUGAAGAUCUGCCUGGUCAAGCAAAGUCUUCAGGGCAGUCGGGCAGACGCACAAAUCCUUUUGGUGAAACGGGAGGCUCAAAAUCUGAAACUGAAGAUUCGAUUCUUCAUCAGCUGUUCAUUGUAAGGUUUCUUGGCUCCAUGGAGGUGAAGUCUGAUGAAAGUCCGGAUGUUGUUUAUGAAACAAUGCGUCAAAUCCUGGCAGCUCGGGCCAUCCAUAACAUUUUCAGGAUGACAGAAUCACAUUUAUUAGUCACUUGUGACUGUUUAAAGUUAAUUGAUCCACAGACACAAGUUACAAGACUACGAUUUCCUUUGCCCUGUGUAGUCUUGUAUGCUACACAUCAGGAGAAUAAGCGCCUCUUUGGAUUUGUGCUUAGAACUUCAGGAGGGAGAGCUGACAGUCGACAAACUUCCAUCUGCUAUAUCUUUGAAUCAAAUAAUGAAGGGGAAAAGAUUUGUGACUCCGUUGGACUGGCAAAACAGAUUGCUUUCCAUGCAGAACUGGAUCGAAAAGCAUCAGAAAAGCAAAAAGAAAUGGAGAGAGUCAAAGAGAAACAACAAAAAGAACUGACUAAACAAAAACAAAUUGAAAAGGACUUAGAGGAGCAAAGCCGACUGAUAGCUGCCUCCAACAGAUCAAACCCAAGCAGUGGAGAAGGACAGUUUGUCGUCCUCAGCAGCAGCCAGUCAGAAGACAGCGAUUUAGGAGAGGAUGGAAAGAAGAAAAGGGAAUCUGAAACCUAAGGUUGCCUAGUUCAUUAAAAUUGGAAUCAUGGAUCUAAGUAAGGUCUACAAGAAGCGAAAUCUAGGUGGAGGGUCUGUUGUAUUAUAUAAAGACUUCACAAUGUCUAGACCCUAAUAUGCCUUGCUGUUUCUUUCUCAAUUAAGCGAUUACCACUUUCAUGUCAGUUUCAGUUCUCUUUUGUAUGCCACAUAGACAUGGUAGCAUCACCAUUCUUUUUCUCAAAAUUAGGUUUUCUCAAAGAAUUCUCUGCAGGAAGGGAAAAAGAUGGAUUUUUCUUUUUUCCAUUUGCCCAUCUGUGCAAUUGACUGCUUUGGAAACGAAACGUAAGUUCUCACUGAACUUGAGUAGUACUGCAAUUUGUUCAUUACACUGCAGCGUGUAGAACACCUUGCUGGAAACAAAAGGGAGUGUCCAGAUAAGACAGUAUGAAACAAAAUCUGCACUGUGUGGUACCGUCUUUUUUUUGGGGGGUGAGGGGGAUUCAAAUGCAGAAGGUUUCCUUGAACAGGAGAUAGAAAUAAAAGACUGCGCUAUUCUGCAUCCUAUAGUCAGUCUCCUAAUGCAUUUUUCAAAGCAGUCUCUGUUUAUACCUCAUAAGCCUGAACUCCAUGGCCCAUACCCUGUGUAAUAUUUAUUUUGUAUAAUACUAAAUGUGCAUUCAUCUUUUGAUCCAGAUGAGAAAACGUGUUUGAAGUAAGAAGAAAUAUUUAUUUUUGCACUAAUUACUAUAAAUACUAAACUCCAAUGGAACAGAUGUCUCUCUAAUAGUGGCCUGAGCAUAACAGAAAAUGUAGAAAGAGAAGAGUAUAUUCUAAGAUGUUUUAUAACGGUUAAGAGUGUUUUACAGUUCAUUGCAGAACAUUUCUAGUCUUUGGCUUUCAGCCCAGCCCUUCAUAGCUAGAAUUGCAUGGUGCUGGUUAAGUGAGGGAUUUCAGGACCUCUGUGCUAGAUGGCUGUAGAUGCAUAAAAGGAACACUGUCCUUAAUUGCAUAGAAGUUGUUUUGCGUAGGCUAACAAAGGCAACCUCCUUCUGCUUUUUAUGCUGGAGAUAGAUAGGCAUUUCUAUGCAGCAACCAACUGCAUCUGCCUCCUGUCACAGGAGAGAAAAGGGAGCAUUGCUCUCACGGUGCCACUGACACCACAGCAUAAAGAAGGGAUCUAACACCUGUGGAAGUGCUCACAGUAUUUGAAAGAGGAGGUGGAGUGGGAGACUGAGCAAGAGAGAGGCUCCAGGUUCUCUUCCUUCUGUUUCAGCCCGUUCAUCCUCAGAGCAGCCAGUAGCUUGCAGAAGUACCUGCUUUUGCUGUUAUCCAGUCAGGCCAUGUGGCAUCAGCCUGCGACCAGAUGUUGCCUUGUAGUGUCACAUGGACCAUACACAUCUAAGGCUUUAAAAACAAACAACAAAAAACAAAAACUUAAGUGGCAUUUACUUCCUGUCUGGUCUUGUAACCUCAUCUGUAAGAGGCUACUUUCAUUCUUUUCAACAGAAACGUACAGAAAGGCAGCAAAUGCUUUUCUUUCCUUUUCCUGCCUAUAUCCAGUUGCGUGGCAGCCAGUUUAUCUCUACAAGUUGCUUCAGUUUAUGUUUCCUUCUCUUGGAUAUUUUUUUUAAUGUAAUGAUUUCUACUUUCUAUGAAACAACACGCCAGCACAGCCCAGAUUUAUAAAAUCAGUGAGGUUGAAAAGAUGACUAAUAUCAUCCAGUCCAACCUUUAACCUCCAAACUUACUGUGUCCUCCUCAAGUACACACAAAGAUAAAUUAAUUCAGCAACAGCAAAGAAAAUAUUAAAUCGGUGGUCCUCAGUUCCAAGAAUCUGGUCACCUAUACCACGUCUGUCAGAGUGAGAUGAGCUGCAGUGGGCACAGCACCAAGAGGAGGACAGCUAACAGACAGCAACCUCAUCCAAAGGUAUUGCUGACAGGGUGCCUUAUUGGAGAGAGGGCAGAGAGCCGAGUUAUCUUUUUUUGAACCUGCCCAUUAUGUUUUAGACAUAAACACAGAACUAUGAGAAGGAAAUGAAGAGAAAAAUCUGAGGCACUACAGUGCUCUUAUGGAAUUUUUCAGAUUAAACAAUAUCUGACUGGAAUUACUCCAGUUGUAGCUCACGUUUUACCAUCUAUGCCAUUAAAUGUAGUUUUCUUAAUCAGACAGCAUAGGAUUGAAUUGCAUUUCACUUGCAGUGAAUGAUUCUUUUCUCCCAACCCCUGAAAAGAAGGGAAAUGAAUGAGGAAAGCAGCACUUUAAACUUAAAGUGCCAUGCAUGAAUGAAAUGAGGAGGUUUUGUUUUGCUUGUUUAGGCGAGUCUUGCUGGUUUAAAAUGAGCAAAGAGGCAGAUAGAUAGAAAAGCUUCUGGGAAGGUGAUGAAAGCUGCAGGAGCAAAGGGCAAGUUGUGGGAGAUCAGGAUGGUAAAAUGGAACAGUGCAGUGAAUUAGCAGUGGGAUGAGAAUUACUCAGUGCCACUUAAAGGGAGGAGCACCUGGAUCUAUGGAUAGAACUACCAUAAGGCAAGGAAUAGCUGCUGAGGUUUUAUCCAUGUCCUCCUUCCCUCAGAAAAUCUUUUUGGUAUCCUUUGAUCUAUGAAUUGUAGAGCUGCUUCAUCAGGAAACAUGUUUCUUAAUUAAAAAAAUUACUUAGUAUUUACUUUGAGAGUACAGCUUUUAAUAUAAACGCCUCACGUUCUCCUGGCAAUGACUGUGGUAGGGUUUCACCACCUGUUUUAAAUAAAUUACUGGUUGGUUUCCUUUCUUAUGAUUUAUUUUGCCUGUUUAAUAUUUCCUGUUGCCUUUUACUUAAGGACUGAUCUGAGCUGAAGCUGUAAUUUGCUUCAUGUGAACACAGUAUUAUUUCAGAAACUAUGUGGGUAAUGGGAUAUUAAGUUUAUUACACUGUGUAGGCCAUGCAGGUCUUGCUCUUCAUUGUUCUGCUCUACAUACAUUGUCUAUGAAUGUAGCAGAGUGAAUAUCAAAAUAUAUAAAAAGCGUGGGCAAACUACAGGCAUGCAUUUCAUUGCUUUAUAACUAAUACCAAGUACUUAUUUAUGGAUAGAUUUGUAGAAGUCUAAACCAGAGGACAAGUUAAUAGUCAUAUGCAGCUUACACAGACCUGGUAACAUGUGUUGUGUAAGCAAACAUGGAUUUGAUGGUCUGUUAUUUCCUUAAUAUUUUUAAGUUGGAAAUUAUAUCAAGACAACUUUAACAGACAAGUAAUAUUUAAGAGUUAAGAAACAUGCAGACAAGUGACAUCUUAAUAUGGAUGUGAAACCACAGCUGAAAAACCUCAUGCAGCUGAGCCUUUUUAUAAAGAUAUAAUUUAUUUCCAUUGCUGAAAAAUAUUGGCUGGUCAUAUGUUGAAGGUGAAGCCUGAUGAAUUAAAGAAGGCGCACAGAAUUUAGGAGAAGCCAGUGGAGAAAGCUGUGUUGUUAUGCAGUCUCUUGUUAUGUCCAGAACUGACACACUCCUGACUCUGCUUAGUGAGUUCAGUUGAGACACUCGGUCUGACAGCAAGAACUGCUUUAUUUCUUUCUUUCCUUUGCUCUUUUUUGCAGAAUUUCUUGCAAGUCUAUCAAUCUCCAAGGAUGAUCUGUCUACCCAAGCAGUGGGCUGUGUUUUUGUCAUGCCGUAGUGAUAUCUAAGUUAUCAUGGCAAGAAUAAGUUGGUGUACGUCAUUGUGAUUGCACUUGUAUUCCUAAUGAAGUUUAUAUUGCAAGCCAAGGAUUUUGUACAAUCUUUCAGGUCACUUUUAUAACGCAGUGGAGUGGUCAAAUUCAUCUGAUGAUGUUCUGGGUUGGUUCUGUUCUAGUGAAGUGUAAGUGAUUUUUGCAAUGUUUGAGACUUGCACAUUUGUCCCUGAAUAGCUGUAUUAAAGACCUCCAAUAGUAAGCCUACUUAAUUCAGCUUUGAUUGUUGUGUCUUAACCUUGGAAGCACCAACAGUGUGUAUUAUGCCAAAACUUCAGUCAGCUUUUUGUAGGUUACAUAAAAGCUUAAGUAUAGUAACUUUAUGAGUGGAAUUUGUACUGAUACAAAAACUGCCCGCUUCUUUCCUAGUGGUGACGUUCUGGGUGUACUGCUAUGAUGACAGGACACCUUCCUUUUCGUUAAACUGAGCUCUAACAUGCAGCUGAAUCUCUCUCUUGUAAAGUGCAUCUCCAUUCUCUUCAUUUUAAUCAUAUCAGCCAGCUCUUCUCAGAGGAAGUUACUUGGGAAUGCUGAUAACUUCUGCAGCAAUCAAAGACUGAACAUUAGAAGAAAAGACCCUUUCUAUCUCUGCUGGCUUUUAGUGCUCGUGUUGCUCUGUUACAUGACAACGUGCAGCACGUUGUACAGAGCUGCAGUUAUGGUAACCAUCAGAAUUCAUUUGUACAGAAGCUAUACCAGCACAACUAUUAACACAGUACCUCCACCUGUUUUCACUGGCUUCAUUGGUUUUCUUAAUUCCAUGACAGACACCAUGUGAAAAGCAGCGGCUCAUACUACAUUACAUUACGGUUAAAUUUGUAUUUUAUAAGAUUUGUAGAUUUUUCUGGAGAAAAGCAGACUUUUGAACUAUGUAACUCUAAGUGAAUACAGAUGCAUGUAUAACUAGAAAAUCUAUGCUUAACUGAUAAUGAAGGAAUAAAUACUAUUAAUACCAGA